AUGCAAUACUUUGGACAAACAACUAAAUUGCCAACUAAGAUGUUAUGCUUACAAGAACCGAUGGAAGAAACACAAAGCAUUGUCGAGAAUUCACCUGUCGUGUUUCGAAGUUUAGACUCACAGAACACUUUCAAGUCGAUUCAACCCUCAUUAACAACUUCCCGUGAUAGAAUCACUAAGAAAAGAAACUCAACGAAGACUCGUACAAUCAAAUCAUCUCUCGAGUUUAAAGAAAGAACUACUACACCACUGACAAAGGAAAAUUUGGAGAAAAUUAACCGAGUCGUACCCGUUCACAAAUAUAUUAGAAUCGUUCAAUGGGUUAAUUCAAAUGAUGACUCUAUCGUGUAUCCACACCCUUCGACUUUGAACGCUGAAUAA